AUGGGCAUAUCGGACGAGGGUAACCGGCUGGAGGAUAUCGGACCCCAUGAGGCACGGCCACCGCAGGGCAGUCCACUGGAGCGCAGCGCUAGCACGGGACAGCUGAUGGGGAGCAGCGGGGGCGACCCGAACAGCCCACUGUCGGACCCGCACAGCGACGACGGUGGGGACGAUUUUGCGCCAAAGAGGAAGCAACGACGGUACCGGACGACCUUUACGAGCUUUCAGCUGGAGGAGCUAGAGAAAGCGUUCUCGCGCACGCACUAUCCGGACGUUUUUACCAGGGAAGAGCUAGCGAUGAAAAUAGGACUGACCGAGGCCCGAAUACAGGUUUGGUUCCAGAAUCGAAGGGCGAAAUGGCGCAAACAGGAAAAGGUCGGACCGCAGGGACAUCCGUACAAUCCGUAUCUGGCGAGCGCGGCCCAAGUCCCGUCGGCCACCGUCGUCGCACCCUCCCUGCCACCGAACCCGUUCAGCCAUCUUGGAUUCAACCUGCGCAAACCGUUCGAUGCGGCCAGCUUAGCCGCGUUCCGCUAUCCAUCGCUCGGUGCUAGCCAUGUGCUACCGUCGGCCUACUUCAACCAGUUCCACCGUGUCUCACCGUUCUCUUCCUUCGUUGACGAAUUUUGCAGAGCGCCACCGCCACCGCUGUUGCCACCGGGCGUUGGUACGCUCUACACACCGACCGCCUCCUUCCAGACGCUGCUGGCAAACAUUUCGGCAGCGCAGCGCGCACCACCGUCGAUGCCACCGUCGGCGAAGCCACCGCCGUCCGGGGUGGAUUAUAUGGCGCCCACCGGUCCGCCCACCAUUCCAUCCGGGCCCGUUCCCACCUCGCCGGCAUCGCCUCCCAUCUCGCCGACCGCGCUACCGCCCGUUGUGCCAGUUCCUCAGGCCGCGCUACAACCGCCGCCAUCCCAACCCCCACCGACGGGUUCCGCGUCGCCUCCGCAGGCCGACCGCCGGAGCUCGUCCAUCGCCGCACUGAGGCUGAAGGCGCGUGAGCAUGAGCUGCGACUGGAAAUGUUACGCCAGAACGGGCAUAGUGAUAUCUUAAGCUAA